UUUUUACUCUCCCAUCGGCCUAAAGCCCACAAAACACGGUAGUGUUGGAAAUAUAGCCGUUGGGAUACUAAGUGCAAUUAUACACUCUCAUAGUCUUUCAUACUAAUAGACUUGUGUACUCCAUAAUCUUCCUCUUCACCUCUGAAAAUCGGAAGCCGAACAGACUGGAAAAAGAGAAGCCCUAGGGAUAGUCGAUCGUCGUCUUCGGUCGCCAUGAAAAUGGUGACUUCUAGGGAUGUCCAGGAAAUUGUUUCAAAGCUUUCCUCCGAUAAAGCCAAGAGUCGAGAGGAAGGGAUAAAGUUGUUGAAUACCUGGUUAGAAGGGGAAAAGGCAAUCAGCUUCUGUAAGUUUCUUGGACAGAACACUGCAAGGCUUAAACCUGAUGAAAUUCCGCAUUCGGAAACAUGGCCUUUUCUUAUUAAUCUGCUCAUCCAAUGUGCUUCAUUGGAGAUAUCUUCCAGUAGGCGACGAUUACCUAGGUUGAUAUAUGCAAAGACCCUCCGGAUCAUUCUGCAGCGGGCAGAAGAUGCUAAAUUUUCAGGCAAGAUGUCACCUCUAUUGUCUGUGGUUAAAGUGUUAUUCAAUCAUAUAUGGGAUGUCUUGAGCAAUGUUCCAAGCUUUCAGUCAGAAUAUGGUAUUAUUCUUCGCCAUCUUUUGGCUGUCAGAGAUUAUCGUUUUCAUAUCAGGAAGCGCAUAUAUUCCAGUCUGGUGCUUCUUUAUAUGGAGAAGGUGGAAACAAGCUUGGGUGGGAAGAAUGAUAAUCAAUAUAAUUCAAAAGAGGAGGUUUUUCGCUGCAUCUUGACUCUUCAAUCACUUCUGGAGAAUCCUCCUGGAGAUUUCUCAGAUAAUCUUAGGGAAGACAUUGUUAAGGGGUUUGUGGGGAUUUUUUCUUUUAUUAGGGAUGAAGGAAAGAUUUCACGCAAGCUUAUUGAGUGUAUUAACAUUUACUUGUUGAAAGAUGGUCCAAACUUGGGCUCUCAAUCCAUGGAGAUACAUAAAGCUGUGCAGCAAUUUGUGUUUCGUUGUUGGCUGACAACACAUGAUCGAGCUCUUAAGGAUGCACUUGUUUUAUAUGCAAGGUUACAACUAAAUUUAACUAGAGGGUCCAGUGAUGGAAGUUUUUUAGUAGAGCAACUCUUGGACAUGGUAUAUAAGGAGCUCGAUCAAAGCUAUACAUUUUGCAGUAGUGUGCCUCGGAUCGAUGCUACUAAGGAUGAAAAAUUUGGAGCAUUGAGUGGUUCACAGUAUGGUUUGGUUGAGCUUGCAGCUGCUGUAUUUUAUUGGGCUUGUGUUAACAUGGCUAAAGCACCAUCAACUGAAAAGAGGGUGAAGAGAGAGCAUGCUGCUGCACAUUUAAGAGAAGCUCUCAUGAAAGGAAAUUGGUUAUGGACUGCUGCAUUUUGUUGUCUUGUCCAUAACUACCACACAUGCAUGAGUAAAGACCUAUUGAUCUACUGGUUCGAGGCCAUCCAUACAAGUUUUGAGAGAAUUAUGAAUGAUGCCAACAUGGGACAUGCUUAUGAUGGUUUGUUGUGGACUUUGAGGAGUUUGCAGGAACUCUCUGCUGUGUUGCUGCCAGAUUUAAAGACUGAGAUGUCAAUUAGGUCUCCUGCUUUGAAUGAGUCAGACUGUGGUUGGCGAUUAGUAUGGAGUAGUGUUGUUCACGGUUUGCCGACAUUCAGUAAUGUAACUGCAGUGGCAGAUGCUGCUCUUGUGCUCCUUGGAAGAAUAAUUUCAAGUGACCUUACAAGUACAUGUGUCAUACCUCAAGAUGUAUGGGACCUUAGGUUAUUCAAACAAAUGCCAUCAUUGUCCAUUUUAUACUUCAUUUCGUGUUACUUUUCGAGGAAAGGUUCUCAAGGUGAUCUUCAAGACAUUUUAAAUCUGAGGAAAAACCUCCUGAAAGCUGUUCUGGGCCAUCUUAAUUGGCAGGAGUCUUCCAUGCUGAGUGAGCACAUAGUUUUGUUGUUGCCUGCAGCUGUUUAUGCUCUUUCGGCUGGUUAUGCUCCUUUUUUGCAACGUUUCAAAGAACUUCCCUUAUGGUAUCCUUUUGUAGAUGUUAAUGAGGCCAUAAAUGACUUGGUUAAGAUGGUAGACUCUGAGCAUUAUUGUCUGCCUGAACUUUUUGACUGUUCUGUGGAAGUACUUGCAAAAAUUGAUAUGGAUACUAUAGUUGAGAUUUUGCCUUCCCAAAACCAUGCAAGUGUACAUUUUCCCUGGCAGUUAAGAAAUUCUCUUUUGCAUGAAGUGGAAACCUUUAUACUUGGAGAUCCAGUGGACAAGGACAUUGAAAAGAUGUCUCUAUCACAUGUAUUCUUUUUAUGUGCUCUCUUGUCAAACUUCAUUUAUGGGUUUGUCUUGACAAGGCAACGAGAAAAGGAUUCAUCAUUCCUGUCAAAAAUGGGACAGAACCUGAUAGAGUUGCUGGAGGGAGCUGUAAAUUUAAUUCAAGAAAACCACAAUGAAAUUUUGUCUGACUCUAUUUUUAGUGGAAGUGCUCUCAUGGCUUCCUUCAGGAGUUUUGUUUACUCCCCUAUCUUCAUACGACAGAACGAACAAAACUUUACGGAUAUCCCACUUUAUGGUGUGGUGAUCCAAUCCACGAAGAGGCUUUUAGAAGCACUAACUAAGGUUUAUAAAGAAUAUUCUAGUUGUGUAAUAAGUGGUCAGUCUGACACCACACCGCAACCCUCAUCUGGAUGUGAUACUCCUGUGAACAACACUUACUCGGUUGAUAAUGACAAAAACAGGAUUGUAGACAUUGAGUUGGAUAUAAAUGAUGAUUCUAGAGAUGUGAAUAGUUUCGUUGUGGGUGGCAAAAUUUCCAGUGUAUCUCCUUCUGCAGAAAAAUGGAAGUUUGGUAUGAUAUCACUUAUUUCAAGGUUUUUCCCAGUUCUACAUGUUUUUACACGGGAUAUUCUGUUUGAACUACUGGAUGAAGAAUGCAAUUCAAAGGUGCGUGAAAGAAUUAUCUACGAGCUUUGUAAACAUCCAUAUUGGUCGUCUUCUACAAAUAUUGCAGAUUUGGUCAAUGUUAUGAAUGACAUGGUUAAGAUGCAACUUGAUCUUAAGCUUGACUGUGUUAAUAUAUUAGAUGCUAUUUAUACUUUGCUUAGGACUUUAUUGUCCUUGGACACCUACAAGAAGGAUUUGAGGGAUAUAGAAUCUCAGCAGUGCUUGGUACAUCUCAGGGAUCUGGUGAUCAAAGUUUCUGAUCAUCAUCUUGAUUGGUUCGGACGUGUUAAACUAAUUGAUUGCAUAUGUGAUUUUGUUUUACUUAGUCCUCAAAUUGGUCAGACAAUGAUUGAAAGGCUACUAUUAUUGCUGAAAGAUUCUGAUUAUCGAGUUAGGUUCUCUUUGGCUAGGCAGAUUGGUGUUCUCUUUCAAACGUGGGAUGGACAUGAAGAAUUGUUUCAAGACAUCUGUUCCAACUUUGGUGUCAUGUUGGUGUUUUCGUCAAAAGAAAAACUUGUUACUGCAAGUGAGGUCCUAGCUGCUGGUCCACAGCCUCAAACUACAAUGGAAACGAUUCUCAUCACUCUUAUGUAUCUUGCUCUGCAUAGUGAGAAAAUAGAAAUUGAGGCUGUGUUUAUGAUUUGUGUGGUUUCUGCCAUGGAUCCUUGCCAGAGAGAAUUGGUGGCUGUGGUACUUGAUAAUCUUUCUAGUAAGCUUCAGUACCCAACUCGGUUUAAGUACUUGGAGGAGCUAAUGGGAUCGAUUCUCUUUUGUUGGGUUGCUUGUAAUGUUAAUUUAGCUGCACUACUUGAGAUAAGACCACUCUUUGUAGCAGAUGCCGAACCUAGUUAUUUCAUGCAGUAUUGUUGUCGUUGGCUUCUUCCAGCUCUGCUUUUGCAUGAGAACAGGACCAAUCUCUGUUGGGUUGCCAAGAUAGCUUGUCAACCUUUGGAAGUUCUGGUGAAAAAUCACUUUGUGCAGAUUUUUUCAGUAUGUAUGGGAUUGCAUUGCAGUAAGACAUCUGAUCAGGAAAAGGCUGUAAAUAUGCUUCAGAGUUCAAUUUUGCAGCUUGCUCAAAUAUCUGAGAGUGAACGAGACACACUAAUAAAGAAACAUAUGGUGUCUAUUGUCAGCCACACUCUAUCACUUGCCUCUUGUGCAUCAGAUCCUGUUGUGCCAUUCUUCUCUCAGGAAACAGUUGCAAAAGCAAUUCGAACAGUUGUUGAUGGCUUCUUGGAGAUGGAGGAUUAUCGUGCAAGUUUUGGUGUUAUUGACAAGAUUAACAUUUUUCGUCCAGAUAGAGUUUUCAUGUUUAUUGUAGAACUGCAUUAUAAAAUUGCAGCAGCAAUGCAUCAUAGGCAUAAAUGUCAUAGAUUGGCUGGAAUUGAGGUGCUUGUAGAUGUUCUUGGACACAGAGCUGCUGUUUCAAGCACAACCAAUUAUCUUUUCAAUAUGGUUGGUCAAUUCAUUGGUUGCUAUGCUUUACAAGAUCAAUGUUGUCGUAUCAUUUCUAAAUUGCUAAACACUUUUAAAAGUAACCCAUCCAAAGAGAUGAUUAAUGUUCUUGGUGAGCAGCUUCAGUUUUUGGUGUCUAAGUUGGUGGCAUGUUGCAUUCCCUCUGAACCUAAUACAGGCCAAUCUGUCGCUAAAUCAUCUCAAGUUUUAUCUCUGCUCUUCCAGUUAACUGGGGAUUCUGAUGCAUCUCUUUAUGACUAUAUCAGAGAAUUAGAACCUUUCCCUGAAAUAGAUAUUUUUGAUGAUAUCAUCAAGUUUCAUCAGGAAUUGUGCCUGGCCUACUCUCCGCGAGAUCAUUUAUUGAAGUUUGUGAAGAGAUCUUGCUACCUUCCUCCACGAUUACUUAUGUUGAGUCUCCAAGCACUGCACAAGAAAUUACUUUCACAGGAAACAUUUCAGAGUGAAGCAAAUGAAGAUCUUCUGAAAGAUAAAAAUUGGCAUCUUGAUCAUGAAAUUGUGGAUGCAGUCUGGACACUUGCACGCAUAUGUAGUUCAAAUGACGCAAAUAGUGCAAGGAUCUUGGUCUCUGAUUUCAUCUCCAGGGUUGGUAUUGGGGACCCACAUUGUGUUGUUUUCCAUCUUCCUGGGAGCUCUAGUAAUGUUCAUGCAUGCAAACCUAUUAAUCAUGAAUUGAUGUCGGAAGUCAAUUCUCAUGUCGAUGCUUGCAUAUCUGAAGAUCUUCUGAUCGCUCUUCUCAAACUUUUAAAAAAGUAUCUUAUGGAUGAUUCUGUCAAAAUAGUUGAUAUUACAUCUCAAACUCUUCGGGGAAUUCUUUCAACUGAAAGGGGUCAAAGAACUCUACAAUCAUUUGAUUCUUAUGAAAGGUCUCUUAUUGAGGUUCACUCUAAAGGUAUUAAUUUUGAAGUUGUAGAGAAGUUACUUUUGGAUCUGGAGAGGAAGUUUAAAGCUGAGGCAAUUUCACUGGAUAAGUCUACUCGAUGGAUGACACGUGGUAAAACUUUUGAGGCGUGGAUUUGUCCACUUUCCUACUUGCUAUGUGGCUACUGCAGUGAUGUGAUUCUAAGAUUAUGUCAGGAUAUUGUAUUUUUAAAAGCUGAAGUUGCUGAGCUCCUAUUCCCAAGUAUUUUCGUUAAUCUGGCUGGAAGGAGGGAUAUAGAUAUAGAUCUUCAGAGUUUGAUCUCUUUGCAGGUGGAGAAUCAUAUAUUCACAGCGUCUAACAUGUUAGUCAAAUCAAUUCAAGUUUUUCUUAAUACCCUCAAUGAACUUCGUUUAUGUCAUAUAAUGGAAAGAUCUUCUUUUCUCCCAUCAAAGCGAGAAAGUUCUAAGUCUUCUACCCAUGGCUCUAAAAUCCGUUCUACUUCUGGAAAGGCUAGAUCCUCAGCGUCGACUGGAAAUGCAAUGUUAACUGCAUUAUGGAACAAGGUUUAUUGGCUUUCCAUUGAUUAUCUUGUUGUUGCGAAGUCGGCAGUUGUUUGUGGCUUGUACUUCACUGCUGUUAUGUAUGUAGAGCAUUGGUGUGAAGAGAAUUUCAAGAGCCUCACAUUAGGGAGUCCAGAUUUCUCUCACAUUGAAAUGUUACCUCAUCACAUUGAAAUACUUGUGUCAGCAGUGACUCAUAUAAAUGAACCUGAUAGCUUGUAUGGAAUUAUCCAGUCCCAUAAGUUGACUUCCCAAGCAAUCACCUUUGAGCAUGAGGGAAACUGGGGAAAGGCUCUUGAGUAUUAUGACUUGCAAGUACGUUCAGCUGCCUUGGUACAGAUGGACUAUGGUUCCAAAAGUUCACCCAUGAAACAGGAUCCAUCAUGUUUAUCCAUUACCACAGUGGAAGAACAAAUGAGGCAGAGAAACCCAUAUAAAGGUCUGAUUAGAUCCUUGCAACAAAUAGGUUGUAUGCACAUCCUAGAUUUGUAUUGCCAAGGACUGACCUCACAGAAGGGUCAGUUUCAGCAUGAUCUGGAGUUUUCUGAGUUGCAGUAUGAGGCUGCUUGGCGUGCAGGAAAGUGGGAUUUUUCCUUACUUUAUGUUGGAGAUAACUCUCCAAGUCUGUAUGUUAAUAAUGAUCGGUUCAAUGAAAAUUUGCAUAGUUGUUUGAGGGCACUGAAAGAAGGAGAUUUUGAUGAUUUUCAUAGAACAUUAAAAGAUACAAAACAGGAACUUGUAUGGUCUGUUUCUCGUGCAAGUGAGGAGAGUACUGAACACAUCUACUCAGCCAUAAUUAAACUCCAGAUCCUUUAUCAUCUUGGCAUAGCUUGGGAUUUACGAUGGAUAACAUCUCUUCAUGAUGGGAAAAAAUUCCACCAGAAUAAGCCAAAAGUGAUUUCUGAACCAGCAAUCCCUGCCAUAGACCAGUUGUCAAGGCUGAAUACAGACUGGAGUUCUAUUUUGAAUCGAGCACAGCUACAUAUGAAUUUGUUAGAACCAUUCAUAGCAUUCAGGCGAGUUCUACUUCAGAUCUUAGGAUGCAAGAACUCUACAAUGCGACAUCUCUUGCAAUCUGCAUCUACUCUCCGUAAGGGCUCUAGAUAUUCUCAAGCAGCUGCUGUUUUGCAUGAGCUCAAGUUCCUUUGUGUUGAAUCAGGAGAACAAUCUUCAGACCUGUAUUGGCUUGGAAGGCUUGAAGAAGCAAAGCUUUUGCGUGCCCAAGGACAAAGUGAAAUGGCUAUCAGCCUCGCAAAAUAUAUCUCUCAAGAAUACCUGUCAAAUGAAGAGUCUCCAGGUGUACAUCGCUUGGUUGGGAAAUGGCUGGCAGAAACUAGAUCUAGCAACUCAAGAACUAUUUUAGAGAAGUACUUGAAACCUGCUGUUUCACUUGCUGAGGAUCAGAAAACAACGGACAAGAAGUCCAUAGAAAGACAAAGCCAAACUCAUUUUCAACUUGCACACUAUGCUGAUGCUCUUUUUAGGAGUUAUGAGGAGAGACUUACAUCAAAUGAGUGGCAAGCAGCAACGCGUUUAAGGAAACACAAGACAAUGGAAUUGGAAGCACUAAUUAAACGGCUAAGAAGUUCAGCAAAGGGGGAUAAGACUGAUUAUUCAGUAAAAAUACAAGAGUUGCAAAAGCAACUUGCACUGGACAAGGAAGAGGCUGAAAAGCUGCAGGAUGACAGGGACAAUAUGCUCAACUUAGCUCUGGAGGGAUAUAAACGUUGUUUGGUUGUUGGGGACAAAUAUGAUGUCAGAGUGGUAUUUCGACUGAUUUCCCUGUGGUUCUCCCUCUCCUGUAGACAAAAUAUCAUAAAUAGCAUGCUAACAACUAUUGAUGAGGUUCAGUCUUACAAAUUCAUUCCCUUAGUCUACCAAAUUGCCUCUAGAAUGGGUAGCGCAAAGGACAGCCCAGGGCCUCAUAAUUUUCAGUUUGCUUUGGUUUCUCUUGUGAAGAAAAUGGCCAUUGACCAUCCAUACCAUACAAUCUUUCAGCUUCUAGCACUGGCAAAUGGUGAUCGUAUUAAGGAUAAGCAACGGAGUAGAAACUCUUUUGUGGUGGAUAUGGAUAAAAAGCUUGCAGCAGAAAAUCUUUUAGGAGAGUUAUCAGUAUAUCAUGGAGCUAUAAUUGGACAAAUGAGGCAAAUGGUGGAGAUAUAUAUUAGACUUGCUGAGCUAGAAACACGAAGAGAGGAUACUAAUAAAAGGGUCAUGCUACCAAGAGAUCUACGGAAUCUUCGACAGCUGGAACUUGUGCCUGUAGUGACAGCCACUUUUCCAAUAGAUCGUAGUUGUCAAUAUCAUGAAGGCUCUUUUCCAUACUUCAAAGGAUUAGCGGAUUCAGUUUUGGUAAUGAAUGGUAUAAAUGCUCCAAAAGUGGUUGAAUGUCUAGGUUCUGAUGGACGGAAGUAUAAACAACUGGCAAAAUCUGGAAAUGAUGACCUAAGACAAGAUGCAGUAAUGGAACAAUUUUUUGAUUUGGUCAACACCUUUCUGCAAAACCACGGAGAUACGUGGAAAAGAAGAUUAGGGGUGCGUACAUACAAGGUUGUUCCUUUUACUCCAAGUGCUGGUGUUCUUGAAUGGGUUAAUGGUACUCUUCCUCUCGGUGAAUACCUUAUAGGGAGCACCAGGAAUGGAGGUGCCCAUGGCCGCUAUGGAAUAGGUGAUUGGUUGUUUGUCAAAUGCCGAGAACACAUGACAAAUGAAAAAGACAAGCGGAAGGCAUACGAGGAAGUCUGCGAGAAUUUCAGGCCUGUCAUGCAUUAUUUUUUCUUGGAGAGAUUCUUCCAGCCUGCUAACUGGUUCGAAAAGAGACUUGCAUACACCCGAAGUGUGGCUGCUAGUUCAAUGGUUGGUUAUAUUGUUGGUCUUGGAGAUCGACAUUCCAUGAAUAUCUUAAUCGAUCAAGCUACUGCAGAAGUUGUUCACAUAGAUCUUGGUGUUGCCUUUGAGCAAGGCUUGAUGCUCAAGACACCAGAACGGGUUCCGUUCAGGCUUACAAGAGACAUCAUUGAUGGCAUGGGGGUUACAGGUGUUGAAGGGGUUUUCAGAAGGUGUUGUGAAGAAACUCUUUCUGUUAUGAGGACAAAUAAAGAAGCUCUAAUGACCAUUGUUGAAGUUUUUAUCCAUGAUCCACUCUAUAAGUGGGCUUUAUCUCCUCUGAAGGCUUUGCAGCGUCAGAAGGAGAUGGAUGAUGAUCUGGAGACAAGCUUGGAAGGCUCACAAGAUGAUUAUGAAGGAAACAAGGAUGCGGCACGGGCAUUGUUGCGAGUCAAACAAAAGUUAGAUGGAUAUGAAGGAGGUGAAAUGCGAAGCGUACAUGGGCAGGUUCAACAACUGAUACAAGAUGCGAUUGAUCCUGAGCGUCUAUGCCUUAUGUUUCCUGGAUGGGGAGCUUGGAUGUAAUUGAUUUGCUUCAAGUUAUAGUUUCAUGAGCAACAAUCAUUUGUACAGUCGGCUUUUUGCCCCUUUUUUUUCCGCCUUUUUUAUGUAAAUUUACAUAAAUAUUCUUAUAGCUCAAAAACUGUUGUGCAUGUAUAUAAAUUGUCUAUAUAACAAUGUAUAUCUUGAUCAUGGGUUCGAUUCUCAAUGAGCUCGCAAAAGUAGUACAGUGGUUUACCUUGUAAA